AUGGCUUCUAAUAAAAGGAAGAGUAAAAAGGUUAAUCUGCUGAAAGAUCAAAUGUUUUUAACAAAAAAAUAUGUUGAUAUGAAGGAUCCUAUUUAUGAUAGUGAAAUAGAAGAUGAAAAUUGUUUUUAUACAGUUGUGAAUGCUGAAGAAAUUGAGUAUUCACAAAAAGUAUCUGAGAUGAAAAAUAAAAUGUUUGAAGAUGUGAAUAUUUUAUGUUUUGAAGAAUUUCAAAAAAAAUGUGACUUACUAAUUGAUAAUUUUUUUUUAAGCAGCAACAUUCAAGAAUUCAUUGAAGAUAUAAAAGAAUUAACUGUGAAGAAGUAUAAUGAUUAUUUAGUUUUACAACUUAUAAAAAAGUCAUUUGAUCGUGAUGACGAAUGUCAAAUAAAUGUAUCAUGUUUACUAAAUAUUUUAAGUAUCACAAAAUUAAUAACAACUGAACAAGUAUAUAGAGCUUUUGAAAAAAUUUUGUUAAGCUUAGAAGAUAUAAAAUUAGAUUGUCCAUUGUGUUAUGAGGUUUUUUUAAAAUAUCUGAGAUUCAGUAUAUUAGAUAAUGUAAUUGAUAAAAAUUAUAUUUUUAAAUUACCUACGUUUUUUUUUGAUAAUUUAGGUUUAUUAGAAUUAAAUGAGGAAGAUUUAAGAUUAAAAGAUUCGAAUGAAAAUGAACAAGAAAGUGAACAAGUAUAUGAAGAAAAAAAUGAUAAAAUAUAUGAUAAUGAAAAGAAUAAUUCUGAAAACAAGAAUUAUGAUAUGAAUAUACAAAAUUUUGAAAGUUCUGUUGAAAAAAAAAAAAUGAAAGAUGAAAUAUGGAGAGAUACUUUAUUAUGGGUAUUAGAGUUAGAUAUAAAAAAUGUAGAAAAAGAAAAAAAAGAAUAUAAAAAAAAAGUAAGAGAAUUUUUAGUUGAUUUUUUUAAUGAUGGAGAUACAAAUGAAGUGAUUGAAUUUUUAAAUAAUACAAAUAGUUUAUUUCAUCAUGAAUUUGUUAGAAUAAGCAUAAUAGAAACAUUUAGUAAAAAUAAUAUAUGUAGAAAAUUUAUAUCUUAUUUGUUAGAUAGUUUAUGUGAGAAAUAUAUUUUAAAAAGUGAUAUCAUAAUAGCCUUUAUAAGAAUUAUUGGUGACAUUGACGAUUAUGAAAUUGAUUUUCCACAAGCAAAAGAAAUGGUUUGCAAAUUUUUACUUCGAUGCAUAUAUGAUGAUGUAUUAUAUCCAGCUUUCUUAAGUGAUAUUUAUAAAUUGCAUAUAGGUGGUGUAACUGGAAUGAUGAUUUGUAACAAAACACAACAAAGAAUUAAUGAUAAAAAAAAAUUAAAUUUAAAUAAUAUAAAUUACAUAUGGGAUGAAGAUGAUACUUAUGAAAAAAUGAAGUUAAAAAUAAAAAUAAACAACACUCUCUUAGAAUAUUUUUAUUCAUAUAUAGAUGAAGAAGAAUGUUAUUUAUAUUUUGAUGAGUUUUUACCAUUAUAUCAUGAUUUAUGUAAUUACGUUGUUAAGAAAAUAUUUAUUCAUAAUGUAGAUAUAAACAAUGAUUUAACUUUGUCAUUCAAGCUUAUUGAAUGUUUAUUAAAGAAAAAUUUUAUUAAUGAAAAAAAUAUAGAAGGAGGGAUUUUAGAAGUUGUUAAUGUCUUAAAAGAUAUAGUUUUAGAUAUACCCAAGUAUCCAUGUGAAUUAAGAAAUAUUAUUAAUUAUCUUUUGCAAAAAGAAUAUAUAUCUAAAGAAAUAUUUGAUCAGGCUUCUAAUGCAAUAAAUGAAUUUAAUAUGUAG